AGGGGAGAAGUUUAAGUGAUUGCACUUAAAGUUGUAUAUAUGACUCACGAAUGGAUCCUAAUUCAAACCUAAUCCAGAAAGGACUGUUUUACUUUUUAUUGGUCUGUGUUUGUCUAAUACAUCAAGUGUGUAUUUUUUGGGCCGUUGAAAGCGUGAAUUUAACUCACCAGCAUGAUCCUGAAAACGGGAGCAGCGGGAUAAUACUGCCGAAAUGGGAGACCCGUUCCCAUGCCGAGCAGCAAGUCCAGUUAAACAACACACCCUCAGAGCAGAGAGAAGCAUGGGCUCCCCGCAGAUCCAGGGGGAGUAACGAUCCUUGUAUCUUUCUAUGCAUGGAUGGGGAUCAUUGUCUCUAUCCAGGCUCCUGCAACUGUUCUUUCUCUCAGGCUACUGGAUCACACUGCCAAACAGUUCCAAAUACAGGUUUGGAGAGAGAGAUGGCAUGCAGAUCAUGGGGCCAAUACAAUUAUGAGACAUUUGAUGGCCUUUACUAUUACUUCUCUGGCAAGUGCAGCUACACACUUCUGAAAGUCUGUGAGGACAGCACAAAGUCAAGUGUGUUUAUACAGGUCCAUAAUGAUCAAGACUGCAGUUCCAAUCCAUACUCCUGCAGACGAUCAGUAAGCCUCUUCUUGCCAUGGGAGGGCGAGAUUAGAUUACAAGGAUUCAAUGUAACAUUCAAAGGUCAAAGUCUACAGAUCCCACAUAAUGUUCAUGAUAUUGAGCUGGAGAGAAUAUCUGACUACAUCUUGGUGUCACAGCAUCAGGUUUUCAUGCUGGCAUGGCAGGGCCAUAGCAGCUCCAUAUAUAUUAAGAUGAAUCCAGAAUUUGUGGGUCGUACCUGUGGUCUGUGUGGCAACUUUAAUGCAGAUGUACAAGAUGAUCUAAAAACCAGUUAUGGUGUGUUCACAGAAAAUCUUGCCAUGUUUGGGAACAGUUGGAUGGAGGAGGAGCCACGGAAGCUCACAUGUCCAAUGGUGCCAUCUUUCUACCCAUUUCCCUGUUCUACACAAGAGCCCCAUGAACUGCUGAAAGUGGCAGAGGUGUGUACAUCUUUACUGAAAGAUCCAUUUACAUCCUGCCAUGAAUUUGUCAGUCCAUAUUCAUACAUGGCCAGCUGCUCUAAUGACAUUUGUCUGUCUGGUUCCAGUGGUGAUAUUGUUUGCCAUGUGUUCACUGAGUAUACAAGAGCAUGUGCGCAUGCUGGACACCCACUGCACAACUGGAGAGCACAUUUUCCUAUGUGCAGGAUUGAAUGCCCUGCAGAGCUUAUUCACAGAGAGUGCAUCACAUGUUGUCCUGUACACUGCAAUACUGAACACAUCUGCAUUGACAGCAAACUACAGUGUUUGGAUGGCUGCUACUGUCCAGAAGGGCUAAUCUAUGAGGAUGGCAUCUGUGUGAAGCCAUCAGACUGUCCUUGUGAACACCGGGGAAUGCUCUACCCUUCAGGACAUACUAUACAAGAGAAGUGCAACAACUGCACUUGUGUUGGGAGUGUAUGGAACUGCACGGAGCACAGCUGCCCAGGGGAAUGCUCAGUUACAGGAGACAUGUAUUUCCAAUCUUUUGAUGGUCAUAUUUACACCUUCCCAGCUACAUGUCAGUAUGUUUUAUCCAAAAGUCGAAACCCAGGCGGGUUCAUUGUGACAAUCCAGAAUACUCCAUGUGGGCCUAAUUUGGAUGGGGCUUGUAUUCAGUCAGUGAACUUGGUCCUGAAUGAGGACCCUCGCACUGAGGUCAUGCUCAGCCACAGUGGGGAGGUGUACAUGGCAAGCCAGAUCCGUGUCUCUCUGCCAUAUUCAGAUGAGAUAUUUCAGAUCCAGGAGCUAUCAUCCAUGUUUGUACAGUUAAAGACAGUGCAGGGUUUACGGCUACAGUACAACUGGAAAGAAUUUCGACUGUACUUGCAGCUUGGGGAACUGUGGCGGGACAAUACAGUGGGGUUAUGUGGUACCUUUAAUGGUAAUAUGCAGGAUGACUUUCUUGCACCCUCAGGUAUGAUAGAGAGCUCUCCAAACUUGUUUGGGAAUGCUUGGCGCUUGCCAUCAGCCUGCAUGCCACGGCCCAGUUUGUCUCAGCUGGAUCCGUGCGAUACUCAUCAGCAAACCGCAUCCUAUGCCAUGGAGAAGUGUGACAUAUUGACACAGGAGGUAUUUGCUGUGUGUCAUGAGCAUGUAAGUCCCAUGGCCUUUCAGCUGCAGUGCCGUGCAGAUGUGUGCCGGUGUGGAACACCGUGUCUUUGUUCUGCUCUUGCCCAUUACACACGCAUUUGUAGAAAGCAUAAUAUCAUCAUUGAAUUCCGCUCACAUGUGCCUGAAUGUGCUGUGACAUGUCCACCAACAAUGGAAUAUGGCAUGUGUGUGUCAUCUUGUGAACGGCAUUGCCUCUCCCUGUCACUCCCACAGUUUUGUGGAGAUGAGUGUGAGGAGGGUUGUGUGUGUCCUCAAGGAACAUACUACAACAUGUACACACAGACCUGUAUUAAAAGGAGUGAAUGCCCAUGCUCCUUCCUGGGAGCUGAUUACUCUCCUGGAGAUGUAAUUUUGACAUCAUCAGAUAUACAAAUUUGUCAAGAUGGAAAAUUUGUCUCACAAAGCAUUAUUACAGAUAAAUUUUGCCCUCCAGGGCAGGUUUAUGAGGACUGUGAGAAUAUAGUGGAAGGACUUUCAGCUAGUAAAGGUUUAGCUUGUGUCCACACUUGUGAGUCAUACCUUCUUAACCUGACCUGCUCCAGCCAUGAGCCCUGUGUUCCAGGCUGUAUGUGUCCAUCAGGACUUUUAAAGCAGGGUGAUGAAUGUAUUGAGCCUGUUGCAUGUCCAUGUUUAUGGAAGGGUAAAGAGUAUUACCCAGGGGAUAGAGUGUCCUCACCUUGCCACCAGUGUGUGUGUCAGCAUGGUUUAUUCCAGUGUGACUUCCAUCCAUGUGCAUCAAUGUGCACUGUGUAUGGAGACCGACACUACCGUACAUUUGAUGGAUUGCUAUUUGACUACGUUGGCGACUGUAAAGUUUACUUGUUAAAGAGCUCAGCUGAUGUAACAUUAAAUGUUGCAGCAGAGAAUGUAGACUGCUUUGAAAAUGGUGUGAUUUGCAGAAAAUCCCUUUUCAUUUCCAUCGGGCAGUCCAUAAUUUUUUUUGAUGAUGAAAGUGGCAAACCUAAUCCAUCCAGUGUAAUCAACAGACAAAACGUGUAUAUCCUGAAUGCAGGCUACUUCACUAUUAUCCAUCUAACACAGUAUGAGAUUUCAGUGCUCUGGGAUAGAAAAAACACCAUCCAUAUACAAGCUGGACACCAGUGGCAGGGUAAACUCUCUGGUCUGUGUGGGAAUUUUGAUCUCAAGACAGUAAACGAAAUGAAAACCCCAGAUAACAUGGAUGUGUCAACACCACAGGAGUUUGGCAACAGCUGGACAGCAGCAGAGUGUAUUAAUAGUCCAGAUAUAAGGCAUCCAUGCUCUUUGAAUCCAAGCCGAGAAUCUUUUGCCAAAAAGCAGUGUGGGAUACUCCUCAGCGAAGUAUUCCAAGCCUGUCAUCCAGUGGUGGAUGUGACAUCAUAUUAUAUGAACUGCCUGGCGGAUACAUGUAGCUGCUAUCGUGGGGGUGACUGUGAAUGUUUCUGUACAAGUUUGGCAACAUACGCUCACAGCUGCUGCCAACAGGGAAUUCCCAUUGACUGGCGAUCACCCUCCCUAUGCCCAUAUGACUGUGAAUACUACAACAAAGUUAUAGGUAAAGGUCCUAUUAGGCUGCUGACCUACAGAGAGAAAAAUCUGCUAUUGGCAGCCAACUGGACAAGUGGGUUGGUGUUCCUGAAGAGGGGCGUGUCCAGCACGGAUGGUGUUGUGACUCUGUUCAUGAUAACGCCAGGGCUCAGUAAAACCCGACAACAUGAUUCAUCACUAGUAUCAUUUGAAUCAGCAGACAGGCCAAAUUAUUUCCUCCACACAGAGGGCACUGGCCACUUAAGACUGCGCAAGUGGGAGGACAAUACGCACUUUUGUGAUGCAGCAACCUUUAUACUGCAUAGGGACACUUGGAUCACUGGAUUUGAUUCACUAGAAUCACUUGCGUGGCCUGGAUACUUUCUACACUACAUGCUGUAUAAACUGCAACUUCUGAAAUACAAUCACUCACCUCGUUACCGCAGAGCCACACUCUUCAAAAUUGCUGGUAACACUACAGAUGUCUCAAUAAUUCCUCAGUGCCAGUGGCGGUAUGAAUCUUGUACAAGUCCUUGUUUUAGGACAUGCAGCGAUCCAGCAGCCAUGAGCUGUGUGACCACCCUAAAAGUUGAGGGAUGUUUUCCCCAGUGUCCAGCUCAUAUGGUUUUGGAUGAGAUGACUCAGAGAUGUGUCUAUCUGGAUGACUGUAUUAAGCCUUCAGUUACACUGGCAGAAUUCAAUUUAACACUCGCUGCAGUCACCUCUUCCACUCUGGCCUCAGCAAAUAUCUUUACCGUCACAGCAACAGAGGCACUCAAUACCACAAUCAGUCAUACUAAGUCUUCCCCUCCAGAAACUAGUGGAACAGCUUCCACAACUGUUACUAUACACUAUUCAACCCCGUUGUCUCCACCUAUCACUACCUCUACCAUACCAGUACCAGAUGAAUCACUGAGGACAUCAUCAAUCCAUCCUCAGUUGCUGGCUUCUAAUGCUAGAACCAUUACAGUGCCCAGUACUACUAUUUUUACCCACAGUAAGACUACAACUCCAAGAGUAAGAGUAACACCAUCGCUAUCCAGUAGUACAAAUUCCUCUGUUACCCCCACCAUGGACAUUUCCAACACCUCAACCAAGUUACUCACUGGGAUAAGUCCUCUCCCUUCAAUACUAGCAUACACCACUGUGGCCACUUCUGAGACAACACCAGAAACCCUCAAAGUACAUCUUGGUACUACCAGCCCUGAACCUGCCUCAUUUUCAAAAACCUCCACAGUUAGAAUUACAACACCUCCUGAAUUUUCUACAACCAGUAGUACAGAGACCUUUUCUGCUGAAAACUUUACAUUAACCAAAUCUCUUGCAUUGGAUUUGAGUACCUCUGCCAGCACUGCACAUCCUAGUGUUCCUACCCCAUUACAUCCCCUUACUGUUAUGCCACCUACAAUCACUCAACGAUAUUCCACAGAGUUUAUCACAGCAGUCAGUUCCUUCAGAACACUAAAAACAACUACAAUGAGUGAUGGGCAACUGGUGGAUAAAAUGACAUCAGCAACACACUUAACCACAGAAGGGCUACAAUCACCAAACAGGUCCCAAACUACCAGCUCUGCAUUACUCAUCACACCCACUACUCUUAACACUCUCAUAACACAGACAAAGCAAUGGAUAACCCCAACAGAGGAAUUUCUUCAUUUAACUCCUUCGGUUUUGUCCACUUCAGCAAAGGAUGUUAGUCCCAUCAAAGUCUGCACUCCACCAUACUCUUUAGUGGUUGAUGACUGCACUAAGCUCAUUUGUGUGAAUGGCCAGCUGGCCUUAUUCAAUAAGUCCCAGAGUUGCCCCUUUGACUCCAGACCUCCAAACUGUGGUCUACUUGGCUUUGCUGUGCUGGUCAAUGGAGACAAGUGCUGCCCAAAAUGGGACUGUCCAUGCCGCUGUUCCGUGUUUCCAGACCUAAAUGUUGUUACAUUUGAUGGGAACAGUGUAGGCCUUUACAAAGCAGCAGCAUAUGUGGUGACACAACUCAUGAAUGAGAGUGUCACCAUCCUGAUACAGGAGUGCCAUAGUUCAGAGAGCACACUUGUCUGGAAUUUUACUCACUUGUGUCUGGCAGCUCUAAACAUUACGCAUGACUCCAAUCAGUUGCUUGUUAAUCGUUUGCAGAGACGGGUAUAUGUUAACUCAAGGUAUGCAACGCCACGUUUAAAAAAGUAUGGUUUUGAAAUUCUAGAUACAGGUAACAUGUAUCUGAUCUGGACUCCUGCUGGCCUGAAGAUCCAAUGGUUCCACAGUACAGGCAUGAUGGUGAUUGAAACAGAGACUCAUGCCAACAAGCUCUCCACAAUGGGGUUGUGUGGAUGUUGUGAUGGUAAUUCACUAAACGAUCUGAUAUUACACAAUGGUACUGUAGUGGCUGAUGCUGAAGAUCCCACUAUAUUCAUAGAUAGUUGGCAAAUUUCCAAUACCACAAGUUAUGUUGGCCAGAGCAGGAGAAGGGAGGCUAACUGUUCUACUGUCGAUUGCUCUGACUGCUUCAAAAUGCUCAACAACCUCACUUUCACUGCCUGUCAUUCUUAUGUUCCACCAGCUAUAUUUUGUGAAGUAUGGGUACGAGAUGUUGAGUAUGUGAAUAACCCUUGUGUGGCUCUUGCUGCAUAUAUUGCCUCCUGUCACAAAUUUAACAUCUGCAUCAAGUGGAGAAGCAAACACCACUGUCCUUUUGUCUGUCCUGGGACACUGCAGUACCACGCAUGUCUCCCUGCUUGCACAGCUCCUUCAUGUCCUAAUAAGGAGUUUGAGUAUGAUGCUGUACAGUGUUCAGGCAUGUCCGAGGGAUGCAUGUGUCCAGAGGGGACUUUACUUCAUCAACCAUUCUCUGCACUUUGCAUCUCACCUGCCAAGUGUGCCUGUACAGAUAGUUUUGGAGCUCCCCGUGCCUUGGGUGAGGUUUGGAAAGCUUCAGUGGAUGGAUGCUGUAUGUAUCGAUGUGAGAGUGAUGGUAUUGUGCCUGUAGAGUUUGAGUGCAGUGAUAUUCCUCAUCCAGUCUGCAAAAGAGCAGGCGAGAUCAGCGUUAGCCUUACAGAUGACAACUGUUGCACCCAAAGAGUCUGUGUGUGUAAUCAGAGUGCAUGUGAGAACACUUCAAUGGGCUGUAAAUUUGGACAGAAGAUGGUAUCAUACUUUAGACAGGACUCAUGCUGUCCACAGUACACCUGCGAGUGUGAUCCUGAACAGUGUGUGCUAGAUAUCCCUGUCUGCCGAGAGGAUCAGACAUUAAUUGCCACUCGCAACGAAGGAAGCUGCUGUCUGGCUUAUAUUUGCAUGUGUGACAUAUGUUCAGAGGUUAUUCCAGAGUGUGCAGAUGGAGAGUUUCUUACCGUGGAGCUGAAUAGUACAGAUCGCUGCUGUCCCAUAUAUCACUGUUUGUGUGAGCAUUCCAGGUGUUCAGUCAUCAAAUGCCCGGUAGGAAUGGUUGCUGUCUCCACUAAAGUUCCAAAGCAGUGCUGUCCAUCACAGGAAUGUAAAUGUGCAUGUGAGACAAUCUCUCAGCCUAAAUGUGGCAUGGGUGAGAAUUUGCAAUUACACAGAGUAUUUAUGGCAGGCUCAGAGAAUCCCUGUGGAUGCAAACAUUAUCAUUGUGUGAGAAGUGCAGUGUGUGUAGAUGGAAAUAGGGGAAUAAUGAGACCAGGACAAACUUUGAUGGAGCACAGUGCUUUGGGAGUCUGUUAUACCACCAGAUGCACACACACAUUUGACUCUGCCACUGGGUUCUACCGAAUAAAAGCAACCAGUAUUAACUGCACUGCACAGUGUCAGCCAAACCAGGUUUAUGUACCAUCUAAAGACCAGAGUGCAUGUUGUGGAGUGUGUAAGAAUGUGUCCUGUAUGUACCACAAUGACAAUGGAUCUAUAACAUUGUAUAAGCCUGGGAAGAGCUGGGUGUCUGAGUGCUUGCGCUAUGAAUGUACAGACACACAGUCUGGACCAGUACUGGUGUCUUACUCCUAUAGCUGCCCCCCGUUCAAUGAAACAGAGUGCAUAAAGAUCGGAGGCACAGUAAUGGCAUACAUGGAGGGAUGCUGCAAAACAUGCAAAGAGGAUGGAAAAUCAUGUCAGAAAGUCACUGUGCGGAUGACAAUAAGGAAAAAUGACUGCCGUAGCAACAGACCUGUGAACAUAGUGUCCUGUGAUGGCAAGUGCCCUUCAGCAAGCAUUUACAACUACAACAUCAACACUUAUGCACGGUUUUGUAAGUGCUGUAGGGAGAUGGGUCUUCAGCGGCGCUCUGUUCAGCUCUACUGCAGCAGCAACUCCACAUGGAUAAACUAUUCAAUCCAAGAACCUACAGACUGCUCUUGCCAGUGGUCAUAAACCACACACACACACACGCACACACACACACAUACAUACAUACAUACAUACAUACAUACAUACAUACAUAUAUGCCUCAAAUAAAACUGUCAGAUUUACAACUCUGAAUGUUCAUAUUCUCUAUAUAAACAAAGGGCAUUCUACAGUAAAACUGGAUACAGAUUUAUACUGUUGUAACUUGAACAGAAUGUGUUUCUGAACUUAACAUAUUUUAUACAGAGACACACUGGCAGACAUUCAAAUAUAUUUACCUAGCUGAAUAUGCCUUUGCUUGUGGCUUGUACAUUUCUCCUUUUGGAAUUGAAUAUGAGUGGGGAAAAAAGCAAAAUAAUAACAAUAAUUAAAUAAACUAGCUAAACAUAUUAGAUGCAUUUAUCGAAAAUAGUGAUUGUUAAUGUGACUGUUGUUAAGUGAUUACUGAAUAUAUUAAUCUGCUGCUUUGUAAUAACUACAAUUAUGCUGUGUUUUGUGAACAUUAACUAUUUUAUAAUAUUAUGAUUCAAACUUCAAAGCCCAUGAGAACUA